AUGACUAAAUAUAUUAUCGUGUUUUACAUCGUUUCCCAGUUAUUCGCAGCGCAGAGUUACAAAAUACUCGGUAUAUUCCCGUCCGCCGACCGUGCCAAUUAUCAAACAUACCGUGGAUUGUUCCGUGAACUGGCUCAGCGGAAUAACCAUGUGACUCUCAUUACCCAUUUCCAAAUGCCGAACCCGCCAGUCAACUAUCAUGAAGUUCUACUUAGUGAUAAACAAGAUAAUAAAGGCCUGUCAUUCGAAUCAGUUAUUGUGAAUGAAGUUUCGCGUGUGCCGUUCGAAACACUGGUAUCAACUAAAGAAGGGAACGAUGAUUGCAAAACGCUAAUGAACAAUCACGAGGUACUGCAUAUGAUAAGGACGCAACCUAAAUAUUCUGUGAUAAUAGUUGAAUCAUACAACAGUGACUGCGCCCUUGCAUUGGCGGCAAAUUUGAGUUCACCAUACAUAGCCUUUAAUCCUCAGUCGAUACACCCUUGGCAUUUUAGUAGACUAGGAAUACAUUUCAACUCGGCUUACGUACCCCAAUCUCUACUGCCGUUUGGAAAACAACCAUGGUUUUUUGAUCGAGUCAAAAGUUUUAUAUUAUACCACGUAGCGAACUGGGUAUAUUAUAUCGGUUCGCAAGUAACAGAUCACGUGUACCUCUAUAAAUAUUUAGGGGAUAAUCUUCCAACGUUGGAGAGCAUAGCGUCAAAUGCCAGCCUCGUAUUUGUGAAUACCCACAAAUCUGUUUUCGGAGGUGUGGCGAGAGCUGAUAAUGUUGUCGACAUAGGAGGAAUACACAUCAGACCACCAAAAAGUAUACCUACGCAAAUAGAAAGAUUUAUUAACGAAGCUGAAAAUGGAGUUAUCUACAUCAACUUGGGGUCAACCGUCAAAGAUUUCACAUUACCGAAGGACAAACUCACAGAACUAAUAUCAACGUUCAGAAAAUUACAACUCCGAAUAUUAUGGAAAUGGGAUGGAGACAGCGUGGAAAAUCUGCCAAGAAACGUUAUGACUAUGAAAUGGUUCCCGCAGUACGAUAUCUUAAAACACGAUAACGUAAAGGCGUUCAUCUCCCACGGUGGUAUUCUAAGUUGUAUAGAGGCGUUGGAUGCCGGCGUGCCAAUGGUAGCUAUUCCUUUGUUUGGAGAACAGUAUGGCAAUUCCGCAGCCCUAGUUGACGCUGGCAUCGCCAGUAUAGUCACAUAUGAGAAUCUUAAACACGAACUACUUUUAGAUGCUAUCGAUGAGGUCUUGGAUCAAAGAUGGCAGCAACAAGCGAAGCUUGUUUCUCGAAUGUGGCACGACCGUCCAAUGACUGCAUUAGAAACCGCCACCUAUUGGAUUGAAUACGUAGCUCGAUACAACGGUACGCCCGACAUGGGAGCGCCAUCUGUUAAAGUACCUUGGUACCAACAGCUGCAACUAGAUGUCCUUGCAUUUAUAUUUAUUGUAUUUUAUAUUGUAAUGUACGCAUUUUACAAAGUAUUAAAAGUUUGCUGCUGUUGUUGUUGUCAAACCGAACCCCCAGUGGAACGAAUAUCAAGGGAACGAACGACAAGAAGAGUUAAAUUUGAAUGA